CCAUGGCGACGCGGCGGUGACGUCGCCGGCCGGGGGGCGUGGGCGUCCCGGCCCCGGAGUGCGAUAUUAACCCGGGAGGCGGCGGCGGGGAGGGGAGAGGCUCUGAGAGGCGAGGCCGGGUGAAUCGGCGAGGGCGUCCCGACGGGCUCGGGACGGGACGGGGCAGCGCGGGCGCCGGGAGCUGCGGCCCGGAGUCGGGGCGCCUCGCCCCGGGCCCCCCAGCAUGAAGACCCCGGCGGACACAGGGUUUGCCUUCCCGGAUUGGGCCUACAAGCCGGAGUCGUCCCCCGGCUCGAGGCAGAUCCAGCUGUGGCACUUUAUCCUGGAGCUGCUGCGGAAGGAGGAGUACCAGGGUGUCAUCGCCUGGCAGGGGGACUACGGGGAAUUCGUCAUCAAGGACCCCGACGAGGUGGCUCGGCUCUGGGGUGUCCGCAAGUGCAAGCCCCAGAUGAAUUAUGACAAGCUGAGCCGGGCCCUGCGCUAUUAUUACAACAAACGUAUUCUGCAUAAGACUAAGGGGAAACGGUUCACCUACAAGUUCAACUUCAACAAACUGGUGCUGGUUAAUUACCCUUUCAUCGAUGUGGGGUUGGCUGGGGGUGCGGUGCCCCAGAGCGCCCCGCCAGUGCCGACCGGCGGCAGCCACUUCCGCUUCCCUCCCUCAACGCCCUCCGAGGUGCUGUCUCCCACCGAGGACCCCCGCUCACCACCGGCCUGCUCUUCGUCCUCAUCCUCCCUCUUCUCGGCUGUGGUGGCCCGGCGCCUGGGCCGAGGCUCUGUCAGUGACUGUAGCGAUGGCACGUCAGAGCUGGAAGAGCCGCUGGGAGAUGACCCCCGGGCCCGACCGCCUGGCCCCCCGGAGCUGGGUGCCUUCCGUGGGCCCCCGCUGGCCCGCCUGCCCCAUGACCCUGGUGUCUUCCGUGUCUACCCCCGGCCCCGGGGUGGCCCUGAGCCCCUCAGCCCUUUCCCUGUGUCGCCUCUAGCCGGGCCUGGCUCCCUGCUGCCCCCUCAGCUCUCACCGGCUCUGCCCAUGACACCCACGCACCUGGCCUACACUCCCUCACCCACGCUGAGCCCUAUGUACCCCAGUGGUGGCGGGGGCCCCAGCGGCUCAGGGGGAGGCUCCCACUUCUCCUUCAGCCCCGAGGACAUGAAACGGUACCUGCAGGCCCACACCCAAAGCGUCUACAACUACCACCUCAGCCCCCGCGCCUUCCUGCACUACCCUGGGCUGGUGGUGCCGCAGCCUCAGCGCGCUGACAAGUGCCCGCUGCCGCCCAUGGCACCCGAGACCCCACCAGUCCCCUCCUCAGCCUCGUCCUCCUCUUCUUCCUCCUCCUCUCCAUUCAAGUUUAAGCUCCAGCCGCCCCCACUGGGACGCCGGCAGCGGGCGGCUGGGGAGAAGGCUCUGGCGGGCGCUGACAAGGGCAGUGGCGGUGCCCUCGGUGGUGGUGGCGGCGCAGGCGGGCUGGCCGAGGGGGCCGGGGCGCUGGCCCCCCCCGCCCCCCCCGCCCCCCCGCCCCCCCCGCCCCAGAUCAAGGUGGAGCCUAUCUCAGAAGGCGAGUCAGAGGAGGUGGAGGUGACUGACAUCAGCGACGAGGAUGAGGAAGACGGGGAAGUGUUCAAGACGCCUCGUGCCCCCCCUGCACCCCCGAAGCCCGACCCCGGCGAGGCACCUGGGGCAGCCCAAUGCAUGCCCCUCAAGUUGCGCUUUAAACGGCGCUGGAGUGAAGACUGUCGCCUGGAGGGGGGUGGGGGCCCCACUGGGGGCCUCGAGGAUGAGGGAGAGGACAAGAAGGUGCGUGGGGAGGGGCCUGGGGAGGCUGGGGGGCCCCUCACCCCAAGGCGGGUGAGUUCUGACCUCCAGCACGCUACAGCCCAGCUCUCUCUGGAGCAUCGAGAUUCCUGAGGGCUGUGGGCAGGGGACCCCCGUUCCCUCCACCCCCCCCAUGCCUCUUUUGCUGCCUUAACCCCCCCAUUCCCUGGAGGUGAGGGCAGCUUUCUCGUCUCUUCCCUGCCUCCUCCCUUUCCCCUCCCCCAUGUUUUGUAUAAAACUUUUAAUUUCUUUUUUUUUUUUUUAACUGUGAGGGUGGGUGGGUGCCCAGGGCUGGGGGCUGUCCCCUGUCUUUCUGGGUUUCUAAGCUCCGGGCAGACUGGUAGGGGGGAGGGGGGAGUUACGGGGGCCACCUCCAUUCUGGGGAAUUUAUAUUUGAACUGAGGCUCUGGCCUCAAAGCCCAGGAACUUUUUUAUUACAAUCGCUUAGGAAGUAAAGCCUUGUCUCCCUCCCUGUUCUCUGCCUCCUGUACCUCUCUCCCUUUCCACCCCCGGCCAUCCUCAGCCCCAAUCCUGCCUUCCCUGCCCCUCCAGGGGCCAUGAGUGCCUGGGUUUCUCAUACCCCCCCACAGGGUUGCAGCAGAGGAGGGAGGAACAUUUUAUGAUGAACCAAAAAUUCUGUGGGGGGGGGGUUGGGGGUGGAGGAGGGUGAGGGGUGCCGCCCAUAGGCCACAAAUCUCUACAAGUGCCUGCUAUCCCUCUCCUACUUCCCACCCCAGCGCCAGUCCAACCCCUUCACCCCCAGCUGCUCCUAGGACUAGCCCAUAGGCAGGCAGGUGGGAAGGGGGUGCCCUGAAACCAAACUGGAAGCCCCCUCUGCCUCCCAGCUGGGGCCCCUGGGCUGGGGGUCUGUGGUCAAGCCUUAUUCUGUAUUGGGGAUGGAGGGUUGGGGGGAGGGAAGUUGGGGGCUGCUGGAGAAUGUAUUCAAAACAAUAAAACUUUGGACCUUU